GAGCAACGCUGCAGUGCUGAUCAACACCACCCCUAGUAGAUGAAGCUCUAGGGAAAUUAAUAUGAAUAUAAAUGCAAGCCUUUCUUUCCUAGUUUGGAAAACGUUUUAAGAGAUGAGCAGAAUGCAGACAGCGUGAUCAUUAGUAACUUCCUGUAUAGUGGUCACGCACUUUGCUGCAAAGGUUGCCUAAAGCAUUGCCAAAAAGCCUUAGUGGGAAGGGAGAUAGAGGAUAAAGGAUAGAGAAGAAGAGAGUUACUUCGAAAUGUGCCAAUUUGCAAACCUACUUGACAGACUUUGUAUGGUUAAAGUUCUAAAUGAUUUAGCAGUAUAGUUAUGUUUCAAGUUGUUGUCGCUUUAAACAACAUUUUACAAGUAAGUAAUUCUAGAAAAAUGAGGGCACCGAGAGUGUUCUGUGCUUUCAUAUUGAUAAUUCUCAUGUCAAUUUUUGGCUUCCUUUUUAAACUGGGUAGCUUCAGCAAUUAUAUCAGACCACCCUUUAAGGCACACUCUGCAACUUACCUUCAUGUCCAGAAUGCACAUUCACAUUUUGGGGCUUUGAAAAAAGGCAUUUCUACCCCACACAAUCAUCCAUCAACGUUUUAUAAAACCUGGAAUGACAACACCGCCUUCCGUACUGGUGACCGCCUGAUGCCGAUGAAAAUUGUCAUUUGGACAACAUUUUUUGGUAGAAAUUAUUCAUCAAAACUUCUAGCUUGUCCUUCCUUAAGGAAAUCUUGCACCUUAACUACCGACCGUCAGCAAGUCGCCGAGGCCGAUGCUGUCGUUUUUCACUUCUGGGAUACACCGAAGAUUUACAACCGAUCAGCUAUGCCGAGUGUACGACUCCCUCAUCAGUACUGGGUAUGGUAUGCCAAGGAAUGUCCAGAGAACAACCGAAAUGUGGACCUCACCUCCUACAGUGGUGUUUACAACUGGACAAUGACUUACAGGAACGACUCGGACAUACCGGGCCCCUUGGGGUCCCUUUAUCAAAUUUAUAACCUACUUAUGGGUAAGGGUUUAAAGGAAAAUUCGACAGAAAAAUCUGGUCUUGUAGUAUGGUUUGUUAGUAAAUGCUACAAAUAUUUUCCUCGGCAUAUUUACGCCACAGAACUUUCAAGGUACAUUCCAAUAGACGUUUUCGGUGGUUGUGGAAGGCGUAUCUGCCCACGUGCUAACAACACUUGUAAGGACAAUAUAGUCAGUCAGUACAAAUUUUAUCUUGCAUUUGAAAGUUACAGCUGCAAAGAAUACAUUACUGAAAAAUUCUGGCACAAUGCGCUAAAAAACGGCGUUGUGCCAAUCGUAAUAGGGCCACCCAAGAGCGACUAUGAAAAGUUCACACCCCCGAAUAGCUUUAUUCACGUUGAUGAUUUUGAAUCACCCGAAGCAUUGGCUAGCUACAUAAAAAUGCUAGACAGAAAUGACGAUAAAUACAACCAAUAUUUUAGUUGGCGAACGAACCGCCCUAAACUCAUUCCAGAGAUUCUAGGCCAAUGGUGUCUUCUUUGUACAAAACUUAUUAACACAAGCUCUGCAGAGAAAAAGGUCUAUACUGACCUAGAAAGGUGGUGGAAAGGGGAAAAUUAUGAGUUCUGCAAACCGCUUGUGUUAACCGAUAACAUAUUUGACGUAAAUUACCUCACUCAUUACAAUACAAAUUCUUCAGUUUUACAAACGUUAUAAGACAUCCCGUGCGAUAUCGCUAAUCUAAGUUCGACUGUAUAUGGUUCAUUUUUAGUUAUAAACAAUUAUCAAUUAGGAAACAGUAACUUAGACUACAUUACUAGUUUACAAAAGUCAUAUAUGUUUGCCAACCAUAUUGCUAUUACUACCACUAGCUAACAUCAUCUUCUGGAAUUUUAUGUAAUAAUUAUAUGAUAAUUUUAUUGUUUAAGAUUAAAGAUGGUGGUCUAUCUUUUUAGCUAUGUUGUAUUAAGAUGAUUUUCUUUAAUGUUAUGUAAUUAUAGCAUAAUACUUUUAGGCUAUAUCUUGCAAAAAUUUUUUUUUUUAAUUCUAGAUUUACGGUUCUAGAUGGAGGUAGCUUGAAUAUACAUUCGUUCAUUAUAAAACAAUAUUUUGA